AUGGCUUUUGCAGGUAAGGUUGUUGUACUAGGUGGUGACUUUCGACAUAUUCUUCCAGUCAUACCGAUGGGAUCACGUCAAGAUAUUGUUCAAGCUUCCAUUAAUUCAUCUUACCUCUGGGAUCAUUGCUCAGUCUUUAAUUUAACAAGGAAUAUGCGUUUAGCAUCUUCUGAUAUUUCCGAAGAUAAUAGUGAAGUUAACGAAUUUGCCAAGUGGCUUAUCCAGAUUGGUGAUGGAUUCACCGGUGAUUCUACAGAUGGUGAAUCAAAAGUUUUAAUUCCGGAUGACAUGCUCAUAAAUGAUACUGAAGAUGGUUUUACAGAGUUGGUACAUUUUGUCUAUCCAAAUAUUGUUUCUAACUUGAACCACACUGAUUACUUCAAGAAACGUUCGAUUCUUGCUCCCACAUUAGAAGUUGUAAAUGAGGUGAACAACAGUAUUAUGAGUCGACUACCUGGAGAACAGAAAGUUUAUCUUAGUUCUGAUUCUCUAUGUGUUGAAGAAGGGUUACCUCUACACCAAAUAUGCUUGAAGGAAGGUGUACCAGUUAUGUUGCUUCGGAACAUUGAUCAGUCUAAUGGGUUGUGCAAUGGCACGAAAAUACAGGUUCGUCAUUUAGGUAAUCAUGUAAUUGAGUACAUUAUAUUGACGGGGGACCAGACAGGCCGAGUUGUGCUCAUUCCAUGCAUGGACAUGAUACCAAAUAAUGACACACUCCCUUUUAGGUUCAGAAGCAGACAAUUCCCUUUGAUUGUUUAA